CGACGCGUUCAAUUAUCACGCGUCGUAACUACAAGAAUUUUCUUUAGGAGACCUUUCCUGUGUAGUUGUGUUGAGUUGAACAUUGUCGAUAGGAUGUCUCUUGAGGGCAAGAACAUUUUCGUGACUGGUGGCCUUGGCUUCAUCGGCAGCCACACAGUCCUGGUAUUGCUGGACCAUGGAGCUAAGGUGCAUCUUAUCGACAACCUUUCGAACAGUUUCCCGCGUGUGUUUGAGCACAUGAAAAAGCUGGCUGGUGACAAAGCUGAUAAGAUGACUUACACCAAGUGCGACAUAAACGAUGAAGAAGGCCUGACUAAGAUCUUUGAGAAGGAGACCUUUGAUUGCGUUAUUCACUUUGCCGGCUUCAAGGCCGUGGGCGAGUCCGUGGAGAAGCCGCUGGAGUACUACCACAACAACUUCGUGGGCACCGUCAUCCUGCUGGAGGUUAUGCGGAAGUUUAAACUGAAGAACAUGGUCUUUAGCAGCAGCUGUACCGUGUACGGCCUGCCGGAGAAGGUCCCCAUCACGGAGGAGGCCCCCCUGAAGGCUAUUUCUCCGUACGGCCGUACGAAGCUGUUCCAGGAGGACAUGUUCCGCGACAUUGCCGUCGGCGACAAGGAGUGGCGCAUCCUGCUGCUGAGGUACUUCAACCCCAUUGGGGCCCACCCGUCGGGUGACCUGGGCGAGCACCCCGUGGGCAUCCCCAACAACCUCAUGCCGUACAUCCAGCAGGUGGCCCUGGGUCAGCGCGAGUUCCUGCGCGUGUUCGGCUCUGACUACCCCACCCCCGACGGCACCGCCAUUCGCGACUAUAUCCACGUAAUGGACUUGGCGGAGGGCCACGUCAGCGCUGUGGUCAAGGUGCUGGCCACUCCAGACCUGGGCUGCACACCCAUUAACCUGGGAACGGGCAAGGGAUCCUCGGUGUUGGAGAUGGUGCGCGCUUUCGAAGCCGCCAGCGACAAGAAGGUCGAGUACAAACUGAUGGAUCGCCGGCCAGGCGACUCGGUGGCGGUGUGGGCGGCCACGGAGACGGCGGAGAAGGAGCUGGGCUGGAAGUCCAAUACGAUGUCGACGACAUGUGCAAGCACCAAUGGGCUUGGGCGUCCAAGUACCCGCAGGGCUACGAGACGCCGGAGUAAAUUGCUGCUGAGGAUUUUUUAACACGCACAGGGACGGUUGAAUCUAAGGGCUCCUGGCGACGUCCGGGGAGCACAGCGCAUGAUUGGCCUUUCACGCUCUCCUUGAGUGCAGGGUGCCUGGACUGGUAGGGGCUAAGCCUCCUUUCCAUUUGCGCCCGUUUAAAACGAGCACGCAGAGUGUAUGUGCUCUACAUCUUUGAUUGUGCCUGGACGUGCAGGACUGUUUAAAUAUGUAAUGUAUGCACGUGCGCGGUGAUCGUGCGCGUAGUGGAACUGACUAUUUGUCCGCUAACCAUCACGGUGUUUGAUGGGCUCGUUUUCUGUUCGAUAUUUCCGGCCCUUGCGUCCGCGGCUGUGCGGGACAUGCUUCAUGCUUGACACCAUAUAUGUUUGGCCUUAACGAGCGGCUGUCGUUUAUGCGGAUGUUUUUGGAUUGGAUGUUCUGUGUCUACAUACGGUCUUUGACAUCUGUAGGUCCAGGAUUGGGUCCACAGUAAAAUAAUUUGUAACCUGCUUUACGU